CCACCAUGGAAGCUUGUCACCCUCCACAGCAAUACAAUGUCACUUCCUAUGGGACCAUAACUGUGGCCAUCAUCACCCUGGAGGCGUUUGCUGGCAUGUGGAUAAAUGCUUUCAUCGUUUGUGUGCUUUGCAUUGGCUGGUUCAAAAAGAAAACCUUGAACUCAAAUGAGAAGAUCUUGCUGCUGCUGGGAUGCUCCAGGUUUUGCUAUUUGUGCUUCACAUGGGUAUAUUGUUCCCUUUCAAUAACUUAUCCCAAUUACCUUUAUGUUCAAAUCACAUUUCAACUUAUUAUAUUUUUUCAAAGCUCUUUUACUUCUUCCAACUUGUGGGUCUCUGCCUGUCUUUGUGUAUUUUAUUGCAUAAAAAUUGCCAAUUUCAGGAACAGCUUCUUCAUCUACCUGAAAGUCAAAAUUGACAGGAUGGUGCCCUGGCUCUUGUUGGCAUCAGUGCUUUCAGCCUUGGCUAUCGGCAUCAUUGCCUAUGACCUCGCUGAUACAAAGCUCAGUAACAAACACAAUUCCACUGGACAAGGAAAUUUUCCAACAAUGAGUGGCAAAAUGAAUGAAAGUUUUUUCCACCUGUAUUUUAUCUAUGGCUUUGGAGUUAUCACUUCUUUCACAGCAGUCAUCUCUUCUGCACUUCUCCUUCUCUUUUCUCUCUGGAGACACAAACGCAAGAUGCAGAAAAACUCCAUGAACAACCUCAGCAUGCAUGCCCACAUCAAAGCCAUGAAAUCCAUUCUCUCCUUUUUUAUAAUGUAUAGUAUAAACUUUAUAUUUCUGAUGCUGUCACUAAUUCCUUCACAAAAGGAAGAAAGUUAUAUGGCAUUUCUUAGUUUACUAUUUCUGUAUGCUUUUCCAGGUGUUCAUUCCCUUAUUGUGAUUUUCAGCAAUCCCAAGCUGGAAAAGACACUGAUAAGGAUUCUCUCCUGUGUCAAGUGCAAGGAUUGCAUGAGGCAGGAACUGUAAUAAAAGCUGGAAUCCACGCAUAAUCCUGAUAUUUCACUAUAGGACAAAUCUCAGUUUAUCUCUAAUGCAACUCUCUAGGCAGUGUAGAUGAUACAGAUGUUCUCUGUUUAUCACCACAGUCAAGAAUAAAUCAUUCAAAUUAUUUCAACCAGAUUAGUAUGACUUAGAUUAUUGCUAGUAUUUCAUUUAGGUAAUUCUUUGAGUACAAUUCUUGUCAAUAACAAAUUCAUUUAGACUUGGUACAUGGGCUGGAUACAAAGGGGCAGUAAGAGUACUUCAAAUCUUCCUCAAACACUUUGGCAUUGGCUGAUUGAAAAAGGACUGAACUCAGCAUCAGGUUUAUUUGUGUUUGGCUUUACAUUCCUCUCUUUGUCUCUGUUCUUUGCAAUAUUAUCACUUGUAAAACUGGGUGGGGGGGAACAACUUGAAAGACUGCAGCCUACGGAGACCCCAUGUCAGAGCAGACUGAUCCUGAAGGACUGCAGCCCACAGAUGGGAUCCACAUUUGAACAGGGAAGAGAGCAUGAAGAGGAAGGAGUGGAGAAGACACCUUUUAUGAACUGACUGCAACCCUCAUUCCCUGUCCCCGUGUCCUGCUGUGGGGGAUUGGGGGGAGAAGCCCGGAAUGAAGGAGUGAAUUUUGGUCUGUGGAGAAAGGGUGAAGGGAAGGGUUUCUAGUUUUGUGUUUGUUCCUCAUCACUCUACUCCAUUAUCAAUAGGCAAUAAAUUGAAUAAAUUUUCCCACAUUCGAGUCAGUUUUCUCUAUGGCUGGAACUGAUGAGUGAUAUCACUUUCCUUAUCCCAACACAUGAGCUUUUCCACCUUCUUUUCUGCUCCUGCCCUGUUGUGCAAUGAGAGUAAAGGAGCAGCUUGGUGGGGGCUGGUGCCUACCAAAGGCCAGCCAACCACAGCAGGUUCUCUGAACAAGAAAUAAUUCCAACUUGAGCAGAGCAGAACCUGAUUUCCUCAUUUCUGUCACCAGCUCAGGCACAGAGGGAUAUCUGAGCCCAUGCCUGGUGCCAAGGAUGUGUUUUCCAUGCAUCUCAGAGGGGUU